CCAUGUUCUGGAUUCGCCACUGCAUGCGGUCCAUCAUUUCAUUUGUAGAUCUGUUGUGCUUCUUUCACCACAGCGCCCCUGCUGGAGGAAGUAAAGGUCACCCUCUUCACUUCCAGUAGCAGAAGAAGCGACUUGUGAAACGGCUGCUAGUGGUUUUAAAAGUAUUUCUAUGAAUAAUGGACAGUUUCGAUCAGCUCAGCGCGUCGGAGAAAGCGGAGGCAUCGGAGCUUCAGCGUAUGAUCGCUAUCGAGCAGCAGAAGGCGCAGUUCCAGGCCCAGGUGCACACCUUCACGGACGUCUGCUGGGACAAGUGCGUGGACAGUCCCGGCUCCAAGCUGGACCACCGGACAGAGACUUGUCUGGUGAGCUGUGUGGAGCGCUUCAUCGACACCACCCUGACCAUCACCAACCGCUUCACCCAGAUGGUGCAGAAAGGCGCUCACUGACUGUCGGACUCUGCGUUGAUGCUUUGGACUGACGCUGCUGGAGCUGACUGUGUCCCAGUGAGGCUCUGUGAUGUGGACUCAAAUAAACUGAUGCAUGUCGCCCCAUGAGAGGCCUCUGCAGGGGGCAUUGAGGUUCCUUCAAGGUAUUAGAAGCUAUUAAAGAACCUGAAAGUGUUUUUCAGUACAUGUCAAA